AUGGCGGCAGACAUUGGCCCCAUCACCCUCUCCCUGCCCUCCAAAUACGCCAGCACCAAGCCCACCGCCGCGGCCGACGCGGCUCCCCAACCACCACCGCCCAUCGACUGGCUCACCGGCACAUGGACCGUCACGCACUCGACGCUGUCCAUGUGGCGCUCUGCGCGCAACGUGCGCAUCACCUACGCGCCGCUCGCGGACCGCGGCGACUCGCGCGCGCGCAUCGACGACCUCGUCGAGUACGAGCCCGCCGACAAGCAGGGCGUGCUCAAGACGGUGACGGGCGUCGACACGCAAGCAGCCACCGCCCGCGGCUGGGACUGGCGCGGCAAGGGCUGGCUCUUCUUCGUGUCCAGCCACUGGGAGGUGCUGGGCUGGGGCGAGACCGCCGCGGAGCGCUGGGCGGUGACGUGGUUCGCGCCCACGCUGUUUACAAAGGAGGGCAUCGACGUGUACUCGAGUCGCCGCGAGGGCGUCUCCGAGGCCGUGUAUAGCGAGAUUUGCAAGGCGCUCAAGGGGUUGCCGGCGCAGCCGCUCGUGGAUAUGGCGACCAAGGACAUGCGGCCCGUGCAGAUUAAGCUGCCGUGGACGGAGAAAUGA